UUUUAGACUCUCACCCACUUAAAACUUGUGACUCAUAUUUUAUGCGCCAUUUUGAUUGGCCUGCUGUUCGGCGAUUCCGGUUCUAAUGCCAAUAAACAAUUCUCUAAUUUUGGUUCCUUUCUGGUGCAUACGUUGUAUCUCUGGUAUACCACCAUAAUGCCUGGUAUUUUGAGAUUUCCUCAAGAAAUUUCCAUAAUUAAAAAGGAAUCAUUUAAUAACUGGUAUAAAUUGAAAACAUUCUAUUUGGCCACCUUAAUAACCUCAACACCGGUGCAUAUAUUAUUUUCGAGCAUAUAUAUAACCAUAACAUACCUAAUGACCGAUCAACCGUUAGAAUUUGAACGUUAUGUUAAAAUGAUAUUGACCGGCAUGAUGAUAACAAUAUGUGCUGAUGGUAUGGGUGUAUUAUUGGGUACAAUAUUAAAUCCAGUGAAUGGCACUUUUGUGGGAGCAAUUUUUACUUGUUUCACUUUAAUCUAUUCGGGUUUCUUGAUACUUCUUACGCACAUGUCCGAUUUUAUGAGACUCAUUUCGUAUACAUCGCCCAUACGUUACAGUUUGGAAAAUAUGAUUUUGGCCAUGUAUUCAAAUAAUCGUGCCGAUACCAUAUGUCCCGAUAAUGUCUUAUAUUGUCAUUUUAAGAAUGCAGCAACUGUUUUGAAAAGUUUUGGCAUGGAAAAUGGUAAUUUUACUAUGAAUUUAUCCAUAUUGGUGGUACAACUGGUGAUCUAUAAAUGUUGUGCCUAUUUCACACUCAAACGUCAAGUUAAAAGUCAAUAACCGCAACAACAGUCUUUAGUUUGAGUUUUGAAAAAAAAACUAAAAAAAAAAAACAAAAACAACGGCUGUUUUGGAAUAUGAAUUUUACAAAUUAGUAUUAAAUAGUUUUAGUUACUUAUAUUAAAAAUAAUAUACAUAUAUAAUCAUUUGUUUAAUUUAGCAUAGCAUUAAUCAACUAGUUAUAGAGCAAUUAGAGAAGAAAAGUGCUUUAAUUAAGUGCCUAAUUAAAUUAAGCCUUCAAUAUGUAUAUUAUGUACAUACUAAAUUAUGUUAACUAUAUAAAAAAAGUCAAUAAGUUCAAACAAAAACAAUAUGUUAAACAACUAAUUGCCAAGAUCUUAACAAGAUCCUUUGAAACAACCCUUUCCCCCAUAUCUUUUUUACAGCUAUUAAUUUAACAGGUGUUUUUCUCUUCACUCCUUAAAACAGAGUUUAGUAACGUCUAGUUUUUUUUAAUCUAAUACAUAUGAGUUUCAAAUCUCAAUUUUUUAACUCUUUAGUACAAGGUUUAUUUAAAAGUUUUUUUUUUAUAUAUUAUUAUCUAUUUUUAAGUUACUUUAUUGAAAUAAUAAUGGUGUGAUAAUGUUUUAAGUUAUAUCUAUCUAUUUAAUAUCAGUUUUUAUUGUACUUAUGAAGUAAAACAAAACAAAAAAAGAAAAUAUUGAACAAAUCGAAUAAAUUAUAUUUAUAAACAAA